AUGAGAUCCUUCUCGUUUGACGCAAUGAUACCUCAAUUGCUGUUUGUAACUGGGAAUGGCAACAACCAGGAGAUUGAAGAGCGCAUCAAAGUGGCAUCUCAGAAUCCAGCCUACACGGAAAUCUUUUUGUCGCAGGUUCCCGUGGACAAUGCUCUCGUAGAAGGACUCAUGGAACGAUUAAUCAGCAAAAAGUGGGAUGGAGUUCAUCUGUCGCAGUGCAUGGGAAUGAUUCCAGAACUCAUACAAGUCUGUGCGCCUCUUGUCGAGAAGUUUUCCAUCAUGGGAGACUUUGAAUGUCUCGACAAGGAAGCUGCGGAUGCCAUUUCAGACGCAUUGCAACAAUCCAAAAUUAAGAAACUCUUGCUGCGAGUCCAGUUGUCACCGGAUCUGGCGAAUGCACUAUACCAGGCCACAGUGUCCGAAUCUUGCAAUUUACAAGAGUUGAUACUGCCGAUAUCCCACACGUGCGACGCUUCCAUUGAAAGGUUGGCGCAAGCACUGAUGCAUAGCAAAACAUUGAAAACCUUGAGAUUGAAUCGAAAUGGCCUCACAUGGAAAAUUGAUGAACGUCAAAUGGAGACUUUAAUGAUUGCGCUCAAGGGCCAUCCCUCGCUCCAAGAAUUGUCCAUUCAAGGGUCAUCCUGUACGGCAAGUAGCAUGGAAGCAAUCUGCCAACACGUGUUGCCUUCACUCAAAAGAUUGGAUUUGAGAAAUCAUCGGAUUGGCGGGGAUUCCCUAUGUGGCCUACCAUCCUUGGCGGCAGCCUUAUCCAGCUCUUCGAACUGUACUUUAAAAUCACUCAUCUUGUCGGGGCAUUCCUUGAGCGAGUCCGAAACAAGAUUGCUCGUCGAUGCCAUUUCGAGUCAAAAUUGCCAAUUGGAAGAGCUGCAACUCAACAAGUGCAAUCUUGACGACGUUUCCGUCACGAUUUUGGGAAAUCAUUUGCCACAAAUGCACCACUUGGCAGUCUUGCAGCUCCGCGACAAUCCGUUCGUUGGAACUAAUGGUUGUUGUGAUGGAUUGCAAGCUCUCUUGCAAGGCGUCCGUCAAAACUACGAAUUGGAACAAAUGGUGCUUCCCACCACAAGACAUAUGGGCGCAAUGGGAGACGAAAUGGAAGAUCUAAAGGCACAAAUUUACUAUCAAUUGGCAUUGAAUCGAGCUGGCCGCAAGCUACUACGAACCACGGUACCAUUGUCGGUAUGGCCAGUACUGUUGUCACGAGUACGAGAAGCCUUGGACUGUGACUAUUCUUCCCAUCAUGGUAGUAUGACUGGGAUUCAUUGUGCCGAUGCGGUAUAUCACUUGUUACAUGGACCUGCUCUUCUGCAACGAUAA